CAACAAUGAAGUUUCUAUAAGGUCUCCACUGUUUUAUUAAUUUUUGUUAUAAUUUAUUCUUUAUCGAAUUGGAAUUUUUAAAUUUAUCAUAUAUAUUCGCAAAGUUUUAUUUUAACUGAUAUAGUUUUAUUUUUAUGAAUUAAGAUGACCGAAGCUAUAAAAAAUUUAAAUGAUAUUCCUUUCCACCAUUUUUGUAAGAUGUGUGAAAAAAUAAAAUCACAAAAAUUAGCAAAAAAGAGAGCGGAAAUACUGCAAAAAUUUAUUGACAAUGUUAUGAAAACAAACCCAGUAAGCUUCUUCCCCAUUCUGAGACUGCUCCUGCCUCAAUUGGAUAGGGAGCGAGGUCCAUAUGGCAUGAAAGAGAUAAAUCUUGCCAGGACAUACAAGAGAAUAUUAUCUUUGCCUCCAAAUGGCUUCGAAGCUGAGAGACUGAUGAAUUUUUCUUCACCUUCAUCGAUGACAAGUGGUUUUGUGGGGGAUUUCGCAGAAGUUGUAUGUUGCAUUUUACGAACCAGGUGUGGUGAAGGUAAUAAAAUGACCAUCGGGGAUGUGAACCAAGCUUUGGACAAUAUAGCUAAUAAGCAUAAAGGGAAUGACCCCAGGGGGGUUGAUGACGAGUUCACAAAUAUGGUUCAGAAGAUGUCACAUGAUGAACAGAAGUGGUUGAUAAGAAUUAUUAUCAAAGAAAUGGGCAUCGGCCUUGGAACUAAUAGAAUUCUAGGCCUUUACCAUCCUGAUGCUGCAGAAUUGUACAUUCUUACCAAUAGUAUUUGUGAAGUGUGUUCUAAAUUAAAAGACCGCAAUGUACGUUACCAUGAAUUAGAUAUAGAACUUUUUAGAGCUUUCAGGCCUAUGCUGUGUGAAAGGGGUGAUAUUCAUAAAUUAUCUCUUAAUUCUAUGUUUUAUGUUGAAAACAAAUUUGAUGGAGAAAGAUUUCAGCUACAUUAUAAAGAUCGAAAAUUCAAGUAUUUUUCGAGAAAUGGUUAUGAAUAUUCUGAGAAUUAUGGUGAAGAUCCUGAAAGUGGAUAUUUUACUUCUUUGAUAAUGAAACAAUUGGACAGUAAUCUGAUAAGUUGUGUCUUAGAUGGUGAAAUGAUGGGUUGGCAGCGUGGGAGUCAUAAGUUGAUUAGCAAAGGUAAAAUAAAUUUAGAUGUUAAAAAGCUGAAAGUUGGCAGUUCGAUUCAGCCUUGUUUCUGUGUCUUUGAUGUUAUUUUAUACAAUGAUGAGAUGGUGACAAACCAUCCUUACAAGGAGAGGAUCAAGAUACUGGAGAAAAUAUUUACUCCUGCAGAAGGCGUCAUCAUGACAGUGGAAAGAUCUCUGAUAAACAGCACGGGGCAAGUUUUUGAGGCACUCAAUACUGCCAUAGAUGAUUGUGAAGAGGGAAUAAUUCUCAAGGAUCCAGAUUCAGUUUACAAGCCCAAUUCUAGAAAAGAUGGAUGGAUUAAGAUAAAACCUGAUUAUUCAGAAGGUACUGUCGAUUUAGACUUGCUAAUUAUUGGAGGUUAUUACGGUUCAGGACGAAUGAAGGGACAGAUAUGUCACUUUCUUCUUGGAGUUGCUGCAGAUGAAAGUGACAACCCUACUACAUUUAUGAGUGUUGCUAGGGUCAGCUCAGGAUUAUCUGAUGAAGAAAGGGCUGAGCUCAAUUCCAAACUCAAUCCACAUUGGAUCAAAUUUAAAAGUAAUAAUCCGCCAUCAUUUUUGCUCUUGAAAAGAGAAAAGCCAGAUGUUUACAUCACUCCCCGAUGUUCCAAAAUCUUACAGGUUAAAUCGCCUGAAGUUAUGAGAACGGAUGCCUAUUAUACUGGUUAUACAUUACGUUUUGUGCGUGUGGAGGCCAUAAGAGAAGAUAAAUUAUGGUCAGACUGCCUGUCGAUUGAGGAAUUCAACAAGCUCCGGAUGGCUUACAGUGGGAAGUUGACUGCUGGUCAUGUUGUCCCCAAAACAAGGAGGAAGAGAAAGUUGGAAGAAAAUCAAACUUGCAGCCAGCCGCGAGCGAAGGUAGAAAAGACUUCUGAAAUUUUUGCAGGAAAAGAGAUAUGUAUUUUAACAGGCAUUGAGGAGCAUUCCAAGCAGGAUCUUGAGGCCUUAGUCCUUGGAAAUGGAGGUUCUGUUGUUCCGCAGCCCACUUCUUCUACAUUCUGUGUUGUAUUUGGAUCAAAAAAUAUCCGUGUACAGAAUGUUAUUAGAGCUAAAAAACACAAUGUCACCACUCACGAUUGGCUGCUGAAAUGUGUUUCUGAAGGUAAGCUUAUUCCAUGGAAUAGGCUGAAUCUUAUCAGCUGUGAUUUAAAAACUGAUUUGAUCAUUUCCGAGCAAUACGAUGUCUUCGGCGACAGCUAUUAUGAACCAGUAACCAAAGAACAAAUGGCGACUAUCUUCAGCGCAAUGCCUCCAGUCCAAAAUUGUUGUAUAGAAGAGGUCAAAGAAAUCGAUCAACUUAUCUUUGGUAAAGUCAGUCCAUAUUCCAUUUUCAGAAAUGCCUAUGCUUAUUUUGAUCUGAACAAUAUCGAAGUUGCGAAUUUGAAAAAUGCUGAACUUAUUUUCAAAUUUUUAAGUGGAAAUGUCUGUUCUGAAAUAACUAGACUUGUCAACUAUAUUAUAGUAGAUGAAACUCAUUUGGAAAAUUUAAAAAAAUUAAAUGAACUGUGCAACAAUAGUCAUAUUAGUUGCGAGUUCGUUAGUUACAAAUGGAUUAUUAACUGUUUCAAAAAUAUGGAAUUGGAAGACCAUCGGAAUUAUGUUAUCACAAUUGAUUGAAUGUUGUCAUUUUUAAUUUUUUUUGUGUAUGUCUAAUUGUUUUCACAGGCACAUUAUCAACCAAAGAAUAUGAAAUAAUACAUAGUAGUGUUUAAAUUAUUACUGUUAAAAGUUAAUAUAAUUUGAAGUAUUUGUGAGAUAUCGAGGUCAUUGAUUGUUAAAAUUUUAAUUUUUUAUUUUCUGGCAAUAAUUUAAUUUUUAAUACUAAGUUAAUUUUACGUUAGAUGAGAAUGUAUUUUAGCAAUAUACAGGAAAUUACUAAAAGCUUUUAUGUUCUAAAGUUUUAUGUAACAAGUAUUAGUUUUGUUAAAUUGGUUAAAUGCUGAUUUAUUUAUUUUAAAACAAAUAAAAAAUAUGUUUAUUUCCUACACUGUAAUAGGAAUAAAAAAAAAAUCAUUAGUUUCUAAAUACCAUUAAUGAAUGAGGUAUCACAGGCCCAUGGCUCUUUAGUCUUAGCUUGAUGCUAAGUUGUAUUUAUUAUUGUUAUAUUAUAGGCCAAAAUUUUAACAAUACGAAUUUUAUUUUUGUUCUUAUCAAGAGAUUUACAAAAGUAUAAUACUUUUGUUUUUUAUGAACUUACAAAGCUAAUUUUAGUCUGUUACUUUAGUUGUCUUAGAGA